GCGGAGCAUUAUGGGUGUGAGAUCCGUGUGAGUCCCGGAGAGGGUUCGGAGGAGUAUUUGGUUUCUUCAAGUAUUUGCCCAGUCAGCUAUUUAAAAAUGGCAUCCAAACAAGAAAUAAUGAAUGACCAGCGGUUUAGGCGGGUUACAAAGGACCCAAGAUUUUGGGAAAUGCCAGAAAAGGAACGAAAAGUCAAAAUUGACAAGAGAUUUCGAGCAAUGUUUCAUGACAAAAAGUUCAAGUUGAAUUAUGCUGUGGAUAAAAGAGGACGCCCCAUCAACCACAGCACUACAGAGGACUUGAAACGUUUUUAUGAACUUUCAGAUUCUGAUUCAGAUCUCUCUGAUGAAAAUAAUAAAGUAUUGAGUCAAAAGAAAAUAAAGAAGAAGAAAAACCAGACUAAAAGUGAAGUAGAAACAAAAAACUUUGUUGAGAAAAAAAAAGAAACCAAGAAAAUUAAUCAAAAGGAUUUUGGAAAUAAGAAUGAUUUAGAUAACGCUGAGAGAAUUCAGGAAAAGAAAACACCAUGCAAAUCUAACAAGAUGGAUUCAAUAAGCCCCAAGAAAAAUAGCAAAAAAUUUACACAAAAAAGUACAAAAGGGGAAAAAAACAUUGUUCAACAUAGCACAGACUCAUUUACCAAAGGACAACUAAGGACAGUCGGCUCUGGCACCGCAGAAAUUGUUCCAUCUCCCAAAGUCAAGUAUUCUGAGACAAAAAGAGAAAUGCAAUCAGUGGUUCCAUGCAUAAUGGCAAGAGACAGCGAUGGUCCUGAAAACUCAACAGAUGGUGAAGUGUUUGAUCAAGAUGCUCUGGAGGAAGAUUUAGAAAGUGCUAGUGAAAUAGGUGAUGAAGAAUCUGAAGAUGAAAGUACAGGCAUUGGUGGAGCUGAUGUUGAUGGUGAUGAUGAUGACGAUGAUGGAAACGAAAAUGAAGAGGAGGAGGAUGAAGAUGAGGAUAGUGAGGAGGAGGAUGAGAGUGACAGUGGCCCUGAUCUUGCAAGAGGCAAAGGAAAUAUAGAAACUAGUUCCGAAGAUGAAGAAGAUAUGGCAGAUUUACUUCCAGAGGAAUCUGGUUUUGAACAUGCUUGGAGAGAAUUAGAUAAAGAUGCUCCCCGGGCUGAUGAGAUUACACGUCGAUUAGCAGUUUGCAACAUGGACUGGGAUAGAUUGAAGGCAAAAGAUUUGCUGGCUUUGUUUAAUUCAUUUAAACCAAAAGGAGGUGUUGUAUUUUCUGUAAAGAUAUAUCCUUCAGAGUUUGGAAAGCAGAGGAUGCAGGAAGAGCAAGUUCAAGGACCAGUGGAGUUAUUAAGCAUUCCUGAAGAUGCCCCUGAAAAGGACUGGACCUCUAGAGAAAAACUGAGAGAUUAUCAGUUCAAGCGACUGAAGUACUAUUAUGCAGUAGUUGACUGUGACUCUCCUGAAACAGCUGCUAAAAUUUAUGAGGAUUGUGAUGGCCUGGAAUUUGAAAGUAGCUGUUCCUUCAUAGAUCUAAGGUUUAUACCAGAUGAUAUUACUUUUGAUGAUGAGCCCAAGGAUGUAGCCUCAGAAGUGGAUUUAACAGCAUAUAAACCAAAAUAUUUCACUUCUGCUGCAAUGGGAACAUCAACGGUGGAGAUCACUUGGGAUGAAACUGAUCACGAAAGAAUUACAACACUCAACAGGAAAUUUAAAAAGGAAGAGCUUUUGGACAUGGAUUUUCAAGCCUACUUAGCUUCUUCUAGUGAAGAUGAAGAGGAGAUAGAAGAGGAGCUACAGGGUGAUGAUGGGGUCAAUGUAGAAGAAGAUGGGAAAACGAAAAGAACUCAGAAGGAUGAUGAAGAACAAAUUGCUAAAUAUAGGCAGCUCUUGCAAGUUAUUCAAGAAAAAGAGAAGAAAGGCAAAGAAAAUGAUAUGGAAAUGGAAAUUAAGUGGGUUCCAGGCCUUAAAGAAAGUGCAGAAGAGAUGGUCAAAAACAAAUUGGAAGGAAAGGAUAAACUGACUCCCUGGGAACAAUUUUUAGAGAAGAAGAAAGAGAAAAAAAGACUGAAAAAGAAACAAAAGGCUCUUGCUGCAGAGGCCAGUGAAGAUGAAGUUCCCUCCGAUAUUGAUUUGAAUGACCCAUACUUUGCUGAAGAAGCUAAAAAAAUAGGUAUAAAAGAAAAGAAAAAAUCAAUGAAAUCUGCAAAAGAUGGCAUAUCUCCAGAGGAAGAAGCUGAAAUAGAAAGACAAAAGGCUGAAAUGGCUUUGCUCGUGAUGGAUGAGGAAGAAGAGAGCAAGAAACACUUCAAUUAUAACAAAAUUGUAGAGCACCAGAAUCUGAGCAAAAAGAAGAAAAAACAGCUGAUGAAGAAGAAGGAAUUAUUGGAGGAUGACUUUGAGGUAAACGUUAAGGAUACACGGUUUCAGGCAAUGUAUACUUCCCAUUUGUUCAAUUUGGAUCCUUCAGAUCCUAAUUUCAAGAAAACAAAAGCUAUGGAAAAAAUCCUUGAGGAGAAAGCCCGUCAGAGAGAACAAAAAGAGCAAGAACUUACUCAGGCAACAAAGAAAAAAGAGAGUGAAAUUCAAAAGGAAUCACAAAAGAAGUCCAUUGAUCCUGCCUUGUCAAUGUUGAUUAAAUCUGUAAAAAACAAAACAGAGCAGUUUCAAGCAAGAAAAAAGCAAAAAGUCAAAUAGCUGUAAGUUGUUUCUUUUUGGUUUGAGAAUGUAUAAAGUAUACAGAAGUGGCAGAAGGAAUGCUUAUUGGGAACAGUGCUAUCUUCAAGAAUAUGAAUAAAAUCUGACUGACCAUUGUAAAAUUUCCUUCCAUGUAUAAGAGAUGUAGUUGUGGAUGAUUAGCAGACUUGUACUGUAUAUUUCCACAGAUGAAUCAUAAUUAUUUUAAUUAAUCCUGGUUAUAAAAUUUAUAAAAUUUUUAUAAAGACUGUUUACAAUUCUAUGUAAAAAAAUGGAACAGUACCCAAGUCUUAAGGCUGAAUAAGAGUUAGAAACAUUUUGAGAAUAUGUACAUGUAAUACAUUAAUUUCUCUGGGAGCAGGAGACAGAUUUAGAGCUUUGUUUAAAUAAUUUAUUUUUCUAGCCAUAAUUAAUAGAAGACAAUAAUCUUUGUUAUUUAAUCAUACUCAUUGUAGUUUGUUUAUUAAACUAAUUCGUAAAUAAAAUGUUUUUAUUAUUUUGUA